AUGCACAAAGUGAACGCGGAGAUUUACGGGACUCGGUGUAACCUUGUUCCCAACUCCCUGUGUGUUGCAGAGAGUGUGCGGGAGGCGGUGGGUCGGAGGGUGAAGCUGACCCUGAGGCGCAGAGUCCAGCUGGAGGUCAAAGGUGACAAGGUGGAGAACAGAGUGUUGGUCCUGGCAUCACAUCGAGCCUAUCUGUUGACAGCACGGGUCCCUUCCAAGGUUGAACACUCCUUCAGCUUCCUGGAUAUCCAGGGAAUCAGCAGCAACAAGCCCACUCAGCUGCUGUUGGAGUACGAGCGCGGUCCAUGGAAUCUCCGGCUGGGCUCGGCGGAGGAAGUGGACGAGGUGAUCGCUCACAUUGGUAGCUGUGUUCACCGGAUCUGUCCCACUGGCUCACCUGUAAAGUUGAUGAGGAAGUUGAGUCUGAAGCCUCCAGAGAGAACAGCGGCCCUCCAGGCCUUGUGGGAUGAACAGGGCUCAGCAGAUCUGGGACCCUGCGGUGGUUUUUCUCAUCAGUACUGGUGUGUGUGUGAUCACCUAGGUCUGCCGUACAGAGAGGAGGUCCAAUGGGAUGUGGACACCAUCUAUCUCACUCAGGACACCAGAGAGCUUAACCUGCAGGAUUUCAUCCAUCUGGAGAACAGGGAUCUGGUGGCGAUCAUCGCAGCUCUAGAGUACAACCAGUGGUUCACUAAACUCUCUGCCAAAGACUACAAACUGUCGACCGAUGUGUGUGAGCAGAUCUUCAGAGUGGUGGCUCGAUCCAGCCGGCUGGAGGAGCUGGUCCUGGACAACGCUGGACUGAGAAGUGAUUUUGCUCAGAAAAUGGCCAGCGCUCUGUCACACAACCCCGCCUCCACGCUGCACACACUCAACCUGAGCAACAACUCAUUGGAGGACAAAGGUGUUUCUGCUCUGAGUGCUCAACUCGCCAAACUGCCAAUGGGCCUCAAGUCCCUGAACCUCUCCAGGACCUCCAUGUCUCCUAAAGGAGUGAACAGCUUCUGUCAGGCGCUCUGUAACAACCCAGUCAUCACCUCCACCCUCGCACACCUCGACCUGUCAGGAAACUCGCUCAGAGGCGACGACCUGCCGAACCUGCACAGCUUCCUGAGUCACCCAAACUGCCUGGAGACUCUGGAUCUGUCCAACAGUGACUGCUCUCUGGAGCAGGUGUGUUCGUCGUUGCUCAGAGGAUCGUUGAAGCAUCUUUCUGUCCUUAACAUGUCAAAGUCCGUCUUCUCUCACAGGAAGUGUAAAGAAAUCCCAUCGUCCUUUAAGCAGUUCUUCAGCAGCGCUCAGGCCCUGAGCUCAGUCAGUCUGUCGGGGACCAGGCUGCCUCUGGAGGCUCUCAAAGCGUUGCUGUUGGGGCUCGGCUGCAACCCAAACCUCAGUGACGUGUCUCUGGAUCUCAGCUGCUGUGAGCUGCGUUCGGGAGGCUCUCAGAUCCUGGAGGGCUGUGUUGCUGAGAUUCCCAACAUCACCAGUCUGGAUAUUUCUGACAAUGGUCUGGACAUGGAUCUGACCACGCUGCUGGUCUGGCUGGCCAAGAACCGCUCCAUCAGACACCUCUCACUGGGCAAAAACUUCAACAACAUCAAGUCCAAAAAUGUGUCUCAGGUCCUGGACAACCUGGUUCACAUGAUUCAAGAGGAGGAAUCACCACUGACCUCGCUGUCCCUGGCUGAUUCCAAGCUAAAGGCCGACCUCUCCAUCAUCCUCAAUGCUCUGGGCAGCAACACGUCUCUGACCAAACUGGACAUCAGUGGGAACGCCAUGGGAGACAUGGGGGCCAAGAUGCUGGCUAAAGCCCUGCAGAUCAACACCAAACUCAGGACAGUUGUGUGGGACAGAAACAACAUCAGUCCUCAAGGUCUACAAGACGUUGCUGCUGCUUUGGAGAAGAACUACACCAUCCGUUUCAUGCCUGUUCCCAUCAUGGAUGCUGCUCAGGCCCUGAAGGCGAGCCCAGAGAAGACAGAGGACGCCUUACUAAAGAUGGAGCAGUACCUACUGAGGAACCAUGAGACACGUAAAUACCUGCAGGAGCAGGCGUACAGGCUGCAGCAGGGAAUAGUCACCACCACCACACAGCAGAUGAUGGACAUGAUGUGUGUGAAGGUGCAGGACCACCUGAACUCUCUGAAGUUCACAGAGACCAACUCAGUGCAGGAGGACAUGAAGGUGGCAGAGAACUUCAUGAAAGACGCCAGGAACUCUAAGACACUGCUCCCCAACCUGUACCACCUGAAGAGCAGCGGGUCCAGUGGAGCAUGUGUUGGAGCCAUUCAGGACAAACUGGAGUCGAUGGCUGGAGAGGUGGCCCGCGUGAUGGACGAACAGCUGCAGACAAUGCUGGUGUCCAUGGUAGACGCCGCUGAGGGUCUGUGUCCUCAUGUGAUGAAGAGGAGCGGCCUUCGUCAGGAGCUGCUGAAGGCCGGAGCAGGGAGGAUGACCAUCCCUCGCUGCUUCAUCACCACCACACUGCUGGAGCAGUCGGGGGUUGACAUCAUCAACAAGAUCAGUGAAGUGAAGCUGAGCAUGGCCUCAUUUCUGUCUGAUCGCAUCGUGGAUGAGAUCCUGGAGUCUCUGUCCAGAUCACAGCACACUCUGGGUGACCAUCUGAUCAGGAAGAGUCAGCCUCUGCUGCAUCAUGAACCCCAGAUGGAGACGGAGGUUUUGGAUGAGAUAGUUCUGCAGCCAGAGAAAAAGGAACAGAAACAAAGCCAUGACCAGGAGCAGAAACAUGGGCUGGAGCACAUGGACACCUGCAUUAUGACUCCUAAAUCCAAGAGGAAGAGUAUUCUGGUCAGGAUGCUGCGCCCUGUCUCUGUGGCAUUUGAGAUGGAGUUUGACCUAGACAAGGCUCUGGAGGAGGUUCCUAUCCAUGUUGAGGACCCUCCUCUUCCUCCUCCUCCUCCUCAUCCUCCACAGUCAGCGGACAGAAUGUCAGCCUACUGCGGAGACCUCCCUCCUCCUCCUACCCCACUGAAUACAAAGUCCAUCUGUUUGAGCGAGCUGCCGCCUGUGGAGCACAAGGUGCUGGAGCAUCACACCAAACUCCGCCCGAAACCAAAGAAGAGGACAAAACCCAGCCGACCUCGUAAGACCACCAGCAGCUCAGCGCCACAAGAGGUAGAGCAGAACAGCAUCAUGGGAAAGCUGGACGAGGGCCUGGAUGACUUCUUCUCCAAGAAAGUCAUUAAACUCAGCUUCAAACUUCCCUCAGUGAGAAGUCCAUCCUCCAGUCCGCAGGAAGGAGCAGAUAAGAAACGUGAAUCCAGGAAGAGCGGUUUCUUCAACCCCUUCAAAUCCCGGACAUCCCGCUCAGAGAAGAGCCACGGACCUGCCUCCAUCACUCCACCCCAACCUGCUCCCUCCACCACUGCAUCACCUUCUCCCUCUAUUACACCAGUGACUGAGGAAACAACGCCGACAUCAGCCACUCCGCCCCCAAAAAGCCCUGGCACUGUGGUGGAGCCUCAUCAGGAGCUCCUCGGGGCUCAAUCAUUCGACCACACAGAUUCUGAGGUGGAAGCUUCUCCGACCGUAGCUGAGCCCGCCGAGGAGGAGAAGGAGGAUGACAAUGUGGAGAAGGAGAAUGUGGAGAAUAAGGAGAACCAGGAGAAGAAGGAGAACUCCCACAUUCUCCGCCAUAUUGGGGUCCCUGUGAUGGGCAUGGACCUGAUGGCUGAGAUGAAGGCCAGACAGGAGAGGAUGGCUGUAAGGAAGUCUGAGUCAUUACUGGACAAAGAGGAAGAAGAUAAAGCCAAGUCAGACGUCCAUCCUACUGUGCCCUGCUGUGAAGAGUCCAGACCAGAGCCGACUCCUAGGUCAAAACCUCCCAGCGUCACCCCGAAACCUCCUCCACCCCAGGCCACCAAACCUCCACUGGGGCCCCGCACCUCUGGGCCCCUCAGUCCUGCCAGUCCAACCAGUCCAACCAGUCCCAGGCCAAACAGCACCUACAUCUUUGAUGACUCUGCUGAGGCACCAGCAGGAAGCUCAUCUGCCAAAGCACCACUUCCUGCUCCUCGCCUGAAGAGGGUGCCAUCAGAGCAGGAGCAAGAGAGCACCAGCAGCAACCCUGCAGGACCCCUGUCUCCACUAGACGUUGAGCUUCUGGGGGAUGGUGAUGCAUUCGAGCCACCCAGUCCGAUGGUUGAAGCGGGCCUCGGUGGCAGACAAUGGUCGUCUCUAAAGAGUUCAGCCAGUCCUCCUACUGCAACGGAGGACAGCCGAGAGCGAGCCAAGUCCCUCCCUGCUAACGGUUCGAUGAAUCCUCCAUCUGUGGCAUGCACAGAUCUCAGUCCAGCUGAGGAGGACCUUCCAUCUCCAGCCACUCUCAAGUCUGAUAACAAAUCAGAGGACGAGUCCGACGACGCCCUUCCAGCCUGAUGAUGUUAACAGUCUCGAAAUCCUGCUCCACUGUCGACCAGGAGCUCAAUCACAUACAGACAGUCAAAGUCAGAGACAGUGGACGAUGAUUUAAUCAUAUAUUUACAAUUCCAGGGGAGGCACAUAUAAAGGGGGCAUUUCAGUAUUUUGCACGUCCUGCUGUUAUCAGAGAAAUUUCCUGACUUCGGAUCAGUCCAGGCUGUCGGGCCAAACGGACAAAACAACAGCUCCAUUACUGUCUCUGUCAACAUCUCUAAUAGGACUAUAAAGAGCUGAGCAGAUGGGUUUUAUCUGCUGCAGAGACAAUCUGCAGUUGUUUAGAUAACCAGGUCCAGCUAUAAAAAGCUCAGUUAGUCCAAAGCACUGAGGAGAAGGAGUCUGACUGUCUGAACAGGUCCAAACUGAAGCAGUUUGGUUUUACUGUAUUUCUGUUCUGCAGGUAAACUGUUGGUGGUAAGUCAGCAGAUGAGACUCGAAAUAUGAACAAGUCCCAAAGAUUCUUUUGUACCCUGCAGAUAUUCACUCCUUUUCUUAAAACAGUAAACUGUUAGAAAUGUGAGAAAAUGCCCAAAUUAGGAGCAGCUGGAAGAGAAACAACAAGAAAGUGUCAAAAACCAAAGAAUAUUUACUCUCUGCUGCUAGAGCCAAAGAUUAAAUCUUUUUUUUUUUUUUUAAUAUCUCAAAAGCUCAAAGUUACGUUGAGUCUUAUUCAACUUUAAACAAAUGAGUCAGUUUUUUGUUUUACCAAAACCGUAUUUUAAUUUUGGUAGAACAUCCAUCUUGUUCAUGACUGCUAAUGAUGCUUAUGAUGCCAACUUGACUGGUGAAAAAUUGCUAAAGGUUUUAAUUAAUACCAAGGACUGUGGCAAAUUGGCUGUAUGUAGAAAAAAAAAUCCUGAUAUCCUAAAAAGUCAUAUCUUGGAUGUUAUUAUAUAUAAUUGCAGGAUUUAUUUGUAACAUUCUUUGUGUCAUCUUUGUCGAGUUGCCUCUUAAGCAGCUUUUAAAUCCCACCUCAAGGUCAUCAUCAGUGAAUGAAGUUUGCUCAGUUGUCCUAAUAAUGACCUGAUAUACAGUAUACAUAUCUAUAUAAAACCACCUGUUAUGUAGCAAAGACCAGUCUGUAUCUGCUGAAGAUGACGAUUGCAGAGGUGGCUGAAAGCUCAGGAAAAAGCAAGGAAUGCUCAGUUCAGACCAAAGAAUCGCAACAAGACGAACUGAAACAGUGAUUUGCAAUGCACCAUUUUGCAACGUUCGAAAAACUUGCCAGUUCACACCAAUGCAACUAGAUGAGAUGGUGUAUUAUCUCUAUGCAGCAACUCUCUGUACUUUAGUUCUGAUUUGCAGCUUUUCAGGCUUAUUUUGUGGCUAAAUAUAAUUUGUAGCUUCUUAAAAUAUGAAUGAGGACAGUGAUAGUGAGACACUGGCAUUUGUAGUAGUGAUGAAACGGCAAAAAACAGAAUCAAAACCAGCAUCAGAUGGACUGUAUUUAUAAUAAAUACACCACAAUAAUAUGAAUAAACAGCGCCACAUUAAUCAGUCAGUGAGAAUGUGUGUAUGUGAGGGGGCAGAAGCACAUACAGUGAGCAGCAGCAGCAACCCACCGUCUGACACCGGCACACCAUGAGGACCGAAACAGAGGGCUCAGCAGGGACGGAGCGCCUGUCGCGGCAAACAAACACCUUGUCUGCUGUCAUUGUGACUUGACCAGCGGACUUCACUACAAGCUGACUGGCUGUUGAAACAGAUGACUUUCUCUAAAACCAGCUGCCGGCGAUUUGACCAGCCAGCUUGAUUCAAGCUCAGACUGGCCAGCUCACACUGCUGAAACUUUUCUCUGCAAUGUUGUAAAGCAGUUUUGUCUCGUCGCAAAUCUUUGGUCUGAACUUGGCUUAACUUGGCCUUGAGUUAAGAUUAUUUUGUCAAACUACUAUUUCCAAAACAAAGAAGCUUAAUAACAAAGUAUAGUAUCAGUUCUACAGACAUUUCACACUGUAAAGAAUAUUUAACUGAGAUUUUUACAGUGAAAAUUCAGAGCUGCAGAAAAACAACUCUUCUGGUUGAGUUAAUGCUGCGUUCAUAUCAUGUCAGAGUUACCGUGAUUUGUAAAUACAGUUCCUGACGUGUAAAUACUGUUCAUGGCAACAUCCAAGUUCACAAAAAAGUCAGGAGAAUUUUCUGAGAGAUCCCAUAUAAGGCUGGGUGAUAUGAAGAAAAUCAAAUAUGACAUUUUGACUAAAUACCUUGAUGUAGAGACGAUACAGCAGGGUUGACUAUUGGUUCUUUAACAAAAUAUUUACAUAAUGAGAUUUUUGAUAAACAAUCAGUAAUGUGGAUAUAAUUAGGGAUGUCCCGAUCCAGCUUUUUCACUUCCGAUCCGAUACCGAUAUUACAGCCUUGAGUUUUGGCCGAUACCGAUACCAAUCCGAUCCAAGCGCGUAUUGUACAUAUUCACUUAUUUUGUUGUCAGUCAUGUUAGAAAAGGUUUGAUCAAGCAAUAUUACUCUAACAAGAACAACUACUUAAUCGGGUUAGUUAGAAUGAUCCACAACAGUUGGUAUGAGAAACUGACCUGUUUAUUGUUAACAGGGUUAAAUAAACAAACUUUAAACUUGAACAUUAACAUUAAAUAAAAAAUAUAGCUGGUUUGCUUUGGCUGCUUUGGCCCCUUAAUAAAUAGAAAAUAAAUCAACACAAGAAAUCUUUAAAAUGUCUAACAUUGAAAUUAAAAUAGCAGCAAGACUCCACACACUUGUGCUUUGGCCCCCUAAUAAAUAAAAAAUAGAUUAACACCACAAGACAUUGUUGACAUUUAACAAACAAUGCAGCCUUUCCUUUUCAGUUAUUUUAGUAGUGUCAGUGCCAGCCUGGUGCUGCUGUUUCCUGGGACCAACAGAGGGGACAAAAAACCACACACAAUAUUGUACAACUGUUUAAACAAGCAAUAGUCCAUCCAUGGCUCCAAUUUCACUAAUUGUGCCCAAAACAAUGCCAUCAGUGCUCUUUACUUAAACAGUAAGAGUGUAAACCAAAUAAAAAUAUCACUCUCAAAAAACCAGAGCAGAAAACAAAUAGUCAGUUAACUAAGUUGACCGCUACUCUUCCUAUCCUCCCUGUGUGUCUGCCCUCUGCAUGCUGGCCUGGUGGAUUGAUAGUAAGAGAUGGAGCGGAUCACUGGAAUGGACUGCUUGACUCGCGGAGCGCUCGGGCCGAUACCGAUCCGAAUAUCGGAUCGGGACAUCCCUAGAUAUAAUAUCUCAGUUGGUAAAUGUAGCUAGAACAUUCCAGCGCAAUCGCACAAAAAUAUGUUGGCAUUGUACGUUUCUGCAAACUACAGAUACAUUACAUUCAUACAUUACUAUUUAGCAGAUACUUUCAAAUUCAAUGUUUCUUCAUGUUUCAGCAGCGAUGUGGUUAACUUGUGGUUAGUUUUAGGCACAAAAAACAGUUAUGGUUAGGACAGAAUAAUGAUUUGGCUUGAAUUACCCGCUUUCCCUGCAAACACCUACAGGUCACUAAGACACCACAUUUGGUGGACACUGGGAAUGCUUGUUGGUCUUGAACAGUGGUCUGCAGCUUGGCAGGCUUAUCGCCUUGGUGUCACACUAUCCACCAUCCCCUCCACCUCCCGAUGACUAAGUCAGCUCAUAUACUCUGUCAUUUUAGAAACUUUGAUAUGAUAGUCUGAAAUGUAAAAAUGUAACAUAUCUGUGCUUUGCCAACACAUUCUCACUCUGCCCUUGUCACACAUUGACAUUUGGUUAUGGACUUUCCACGUCCAUAUAUGACGUGCAAGGUACCCUAGGUGCAUUGGUUGUUGAUAUUCUGGGGCGCUGUGUCGCCUUCAGCCUGUUACAUGCAUUGUCUAUCUUCUAAAUACACGUCUGUUUUCACAGGAAAUUUACCAUUUACAUACAGUCUCUUUCAAAAUUCAUACUACGCUGGUAUAAUACUGCAACUUGAUUUUUUUCCUUCAACAACAAACGCACCAUGGUUACGUUUGCCAACACACGCAUGUGGAUGGGUUUUGGGCAACAAAGGCACAUGGUUGGGUUUAGGACAAAAGAACAGGGUUUGGCUUGAAAGUCAGUGGUUGUUGUACCCAUUUAGUACCCCCUCUGCCCACCCUACUCUGACUUGCGCCGCCUUAACUUUCGUUAUUGUUCCACCGCGUCUCCCCUUGACACCGCCGAACAUGAGUCAUUUAGCCCAAAUCUAAUGGAUAUGGUGCUAUAGUUUCAAUGCACUGUGUCUUUAAAUACUCUGUUUAAAAAGAAAUUAAAGUACAACUCAGCAUCAUUCAGCUAUCUUGAGUUGCCCAGUGAUAUGAACAUGUACGAGCUGUGAACAUGGGAACAUUCUCCAUAGCUGCCAUCCAUCCUCCAUGAUGUGAACACAGCAGAGAGCUCAGUGGGCAGAGACCAUAGACUGCAUAUAAAGGUGGACAAUACGUCUCACUUACAUCCAUCGGACAAACAUGAAGCCAAAUAUUCCUGGAUUCGACUGUUGCCAUCUUUCGCUGAUGACAACAUUUGGAGCCAGAGUCUGUGUGGUAGCUAUAGGGAAGUGGAGCUGCGGUAUCGAGUUCCCGCAAAUACACUCGCCUAACCAAUCACGCACACACUGACUGGCACACAUGGGUAAUUGACUAAUUAAAACCAGACUUAUGACAGAAACCAUCUUUGGGAGAAAUGUAUUUGACAUUUAGCUGUUUGUUUGGCCCAUGUACCUUCUGCUAACAUGGAGGGGGUGGGGUUUGUGGCUCCUGUGACUUACUACUUACUACGACUGAGUUUUAAUUUAACAGUGAAGUUGUUUCCAACAAAAUCUAAAUCCUGCAAUAGAAUGCUGUAGUUUUCUCUCCACAGAAGGCAUUUUACCUUGUCAUCACCUUUAUUUUCUUGUUAUCACGCCUCAAAAUGUUCAUAUAAACAUAACUGUGUGUUGCCUCUGAUUCAUAUUUAAAGGGGUAGUUUGGAUUUUUUGAGUGUAGGAGGUAUUUAUCCGCAGCCAGUGAAUUACCUCCAGUAGAUGGUGGUCAGUGUAUUCCAGUUUUGGAGAAGCAGGUUUAAGUCUGACAUUGAAGCUAAGCAAUUUACUGCUGUGGUCGGCAACAAAACAUAUUUUGGCCACUUUAAAAAAUCCCACCUAAAAAGAUGAUUAUCAGUUUAAGUUUACGCUUUAUUGAGAUUGUUUUCACUGCCUUAAGUUACUGUCAGACAGUGAUUUCCAGCAGGAAAAUGAAGCUGUUAUAUCUGUCUCCAGACUCCAUUGAGAAUACAGGGAUUUAACACUGCUGAGCACAGGAGCUGCUGGUCUACUGCUGCCUCACAUAAUAUGUUUUUGGCUAUAACUAAAGAAUUCCUAUGCUGAUAAUGUAAUGUGAAUUUCACACAAAUGUUAAAUAGGAUAAAAUAAUGAAAUGAUGACAUUUCAUAUCCAGAAGGUCAAAGAUCAACUUCACAGUGACACUCAUAAUGUUCUGCAUAAAACACUUUUAUGGCCAUUACGCAAUGUUAUAUCUCAGGAACAGGAGGGGAGACAUUUAGUCAGAUACUGAAUUGGUGACACUAAUCUUGAAACUGUGAUUGAUUGUAUAGAUCUGCAUGUGAAGCAUCUAUGUUUUCACAGACAUGGAUGUAGACUUAAAGAGGAACUUGACUGCUGUGCGGAGGCAUACAACCACAGGGUAGUAAUUCUAUUUUUUUGUGGGUUAUUGUGUGACUUUGGCGUUUAAAGUCAUUAGUUCAGAUUCACCAAAGUCACACAAUAGCACAAACUAACUAACUGAUAGAGGCAGCCGUAGACCAGCAGCUGUUCAGUGGUCAGUGAGCCCCAAAUUAUUGUUUUGUCAGUGGAGUCUGGUGGCUUUGAACAGCCAUUAGAACAGGCUGCCUGACAGAAAGUUAAAGCAGUAAAAUACCCUCAAUAUAGCACACACAGUUACAUCAGUUACAGAUUUUUUUUCAGGUGGCUAAAGUACUUUUUGCUGCUGACCUCUCCACAGCAAUGUAUUGCUUAGUUUCUAUGUCAAACUCAAGCCUGCUUCUCCAAACUGGGGGUCUGCUGACUGCCAGCUACUGUAGGUAAUGCUUUACAUUGACUACGGGUAAGUACCUCAUAUAACCCUACUUCAAAAAAUCAAAACUAUCGCUUUAACAUCAACACUGCUGCUGUAGGCUCACUAUUACGCACAGUUUAUUACUGCUGCACUUACUGAUAUGUAUCAGUGUAAAUAUGGAAUAAUAUACUUGUGUGUUUGUGGUUCUGUUUAUAAAAGAAAUGGGGUUUAUAUCAGAGUUAAAUGCACAAACUCUGGGGUUUAUAUGUACUAUGAGAAUAAAUCUGAUUUAUCAUCAGAGAGACGUGCUGUUGAAUCUGCACUGAUCUCCAUUUAGGAUACAUGGUGAUGGUUUUCAUUUUACUGGGAAAUAAUUUUGUCUUUAAUUUUUAAAAAUCUGCUCUUUUUAAAUAUUCAGCUAAAUAAGGUGUUUUAUUGUUUAUAUGCCAGUGGACCAAUGUGCCUGGAAAUUUGACAUCAAGCUGUCACAUAUUUCUGUAUUUGUAUGUUUAUACCAAUAAAUACUGUUUCACUGUUCACUCUC